UACAAUAGACAACUUAUUAGCUGCCAUCACCACAUUGAUCCAAACUCAACAAGGAUUGACAGAUCUCUCAACAUAGAAGAGAAUGCAAAUGCCAAUGGUGAACUACAAAAGAACGUUAUUGCCUGGCUACUCCAGGUUCAAAGUAUCUUUCACGCACAAGAAAUUGAUGGCGAUGAUAUUCAGAUAUAUUAUGUAGCCACAGAAUUCGAAGGAGCUGCUUUGCAUUGGUAUUUAAAUAAAGUUACAGCUGCAGGGAACGACGCCGCAUUUGAUACAUGGAAUGACUUUGCAACAGCACUCAAAAAGUUAUAUCAAACUGGGUUUGUUCAGGACUAUGGAACACAAUUUCAUAAUAUCAUAGAACAAAUCGAAGACAUGGACAAAAAUGAUAAAGUUACUUACUUUAUUGAAGGCUUUAAAUAUGCAACUUGGAUGAAAGUCAUCUAUCAAGCACCAGCCAACUUGAAUGAAGCAUGGGACUUAGCAAUUCAGUUUGAUACUACAAUGUUUGGAACAGGAAGACCCUCCACUACCACCCCUAACAAACCACAACAAUAUAUAAACAAACUAGGAAAAGGGAAUGGCAGACCUGUACCAAUGGAACUAAACUAUGCCAGAAGCUCUUCAAGUAGUCAACAUCAUAGAAAAAAAAGAAGCAAAGGAAAGCAAAAACUUACCAAUAUUAAGGAUGAACUUAACCAGCCACCACAUACCAUAACCAACAAUAGUCUAGAACUAACACAAGUAGAAGAAAAUCACGAAUGGUUAUUAAAAUUUAAUAGCAAAAUCAAUGGUUACUCUGUUUGGAUCCUUCUUGAUAGUAGAGCAUCUCGCAAUUUUAUUGACAAAGAUUUUUCCACCUGGAAUAAACUAAUAUUAAAAACCGUUUUUCCCUUAUCAGUUAAAUUAGCAGAUAGAAGCAAAGCACAAACGGAUAAGACAUUUAACAUAAAUAAAUUAGAACUAGAUCCUUACUACACUUCUGGGAUAUCAACACAAGUCUUGAAGCUUCAACAUUACGAUACUAUUCUAGAAAAACCAUAG